AGAGCAGUAGAGGGCAGGGAGUCUUGGAGAUGUCUCAUCCACUGGGCUGGUAUGAGUCAAGGCCAACUCAUGGGCAAUUAACAACAUCUGUCCAUGAGGAUGUGAGGCUAAUCGGGAGGACUGUUCCUCUUACAAUAAACCAUGUAAUGAAAUUGGUGUAUUCUCUUUUUUACCAAUUAAAGUACUCAGACAUAUCUUAGGACUUGGUAGUAUUUUAUAACAUUCUGUUUCUGAUAGCUCUUCCUGUAGAGUGAGCACAAGAAGCUGAAUGUGUACAAGAUGAUGUGACAUCUCCCACCUCCCCUCUGCAUUUCUUAAAAUCAUCAUUGCACUAGGUACAUUGACUAAAACAGUUCACUUAAAACACUUCCUUAGUACUUAGGCAUAGGAGAAAGAAACAACAUGUCUUAUGCAUUGUUUCAUUCCCCUCCCCCCCACUUCUCAACAAAAUAUGAACAUUGGCAAGUACUGCCAUACCCUACUCUGUGGUUUGUUUGUUUGUUUGUUUGUUUACUCUCAGAAUACCCUACUAAGAUUCUCAAGAUCUACAAAAGGUACUCUUCUUUCUAAAGCUAUGACGUUGUAGUAGAGAUUCCCUCCUUACUUGGUGGGACAACUACAUCCUUCAUUGGUGUUACAUUGCAUAAAAGGUUUUGUUUCUUAAACCCUCACCAAGCCCUGUGCCACUAUUGGCCCAGUGUGAUUAACCAUAAGCAGCUCAUGACGGAGACUAGUUUUGGAUGCAAAAAAUGGCCAUGGUUGAUAUAGCUUCAAGACUGCUUUAUUGUACUUCCAGUUGUGAAAAUUUUGUUUGCUGGGCUUCCUCAGACUUAGAUUUCAGUUCACUUAAAACAUGACCUUAAUUCCACCCCUGAAAACACAUUAGCCAGAGGAUGUCAUUCAAGGUGAGUGACACUGGAAAAAAAGGAUAUGGUCUUAGUGGCUUGGAACAAUUUGUAGUCAGUGUAUAACAAUGUCUUUCAUGUACUUUUUAACCAGUCUCCAGUUUCCUGUCAAAAAGUACCUAGUCCUCUUUUUAUAUCUUGGUUUCCAUUUGUAAUGCACUGCAAUGCAUCAUGUGAAGGUCCAAACCCACUAAAUAGUAAAAUGAGGGAUUAUUUCCACUGCUCAUCUGCUGGCAGAGAUUUCUCUAAAUUGGAUUACACUAAUUAGUAUUAGAAUGACGUAUUGUGGAUCCAGCUUUAAUCAUUUGCAACUUUGAAGCUUCUAUUCCUUUGCGUAGAAGGGACCACCAGAAAUAGUUGCGCAUCCCAUUUGCCAAUAAUAUUUUUUUUCCACUUCUUUGAAGCGUUUCAGUUUGACUACAAAGGUUCAACUUCAGACUCGGCAAGAUGGAAGAGUCAAACAAUGGCUCAGCCAGAGCGACUCUAUUUGGAAUCUUCAAGGCCUGAAUGGUGAGAAUUCUUCCUGCGCUUGUUCCCUUUACCAAAAAAAAGGAUUAAUUUUUGUGGAGUCUUGGUACAUUCAACAUCACGAACAUGGCAGUGAUGAAAGUCAAGUUCAACCAGAAGAAAAGGGUAAAACUAGCGCAAGGACUAUGGCUCAUGAACUGGUUGUCAGUGUUUGCAGGGAUCGUUGUUUUCUCAAUGGGAUUGUUCCUGAAAAUUGAACUCAGGAAGCGAAGUGAGGUGAUGGACAACUCUGAAAGCCACUUUGUGCCCAAUUCCUUGAUAUUGGUGGGUGUAUUAGUCUGUGCAUUCAAUGCACUUGCAGGCAAGAUAUGCUAUGAUUCUCUGGAUCCUGCUAAAUUUGCAAAGUGGAAGCCUCUUGUGAAACUUUAUCUAUUGGUGUGUGUAUUUUUCAAUGUCUUCAUCUUUUUUGUCGCUCUCAUUUGCUUCCUGUUGAGGGGUUCUCUGGAAAGUACGCUAGCGCAAGGGCUAAAAAGUGGAAUGAAAUUUUAUCGUGAUACAGAUACUCCAGGAAGGUGUUUCAUGAAGAAAACAAUUGAUUUGCUCCAGAUGGAGUUCAAAUGCUGUGGAAACAAUGGUUUCAGAGACUGGUUUGAGAUUCAGUGGAUCAGCAACAGAUACUUGGAUUUUAGCUCCAAAGAAGUGAAAGAUCGCAUUAAAAGCAAUGUGGAUGGAAGAUACUUGGUGGAUGGCGUCCCCUUCAGCUGCUGCAACCCAAGCUCCCCACGACCCUGCAUCCAGUAUCAGGUGUCGAACAACUCGGCUCACUACAGCUAUGACUAUCAAACGGAAGAGCUCAACUUGUGGAACCGGGGCUGCCGAGAGGCUCUGCUGAAGUACUACAGUGGCAUGAUGAGCUCCAUGGGAGUUUUCGUCCUCUUUGUCUGGCUUUUUGAGAUGUUGGUCAUGAUAGGAUUGCGGCUGCUUCAUACCUCCCUGGAGAGCAUUGCCAAUCCAGAAGAUCCAGAAUGUGAGAGUGAAGGUUGGGUUCUGGAGAAAAACCUGAAAGACACUUUCAAAUCCACCCUGGAAAAUUUGAAAAAUAUGGGUAAAAAGAACCAAGUGGAUGCAACUGCAGAAGGCGCAGAAGGUGAAGGAGCAAAAACCCAAGCAGUCUCAACUGUCAGCUGAGUAUUUUGGCUAACAAGACUGUUACCAAAGACUGGGAUGUGUGAAUAUUCACUUUUUAAAAGUUGUAAGCCAUCACAGCUAUACAUUUGUAUACACCAAGCAAUCAUUUUUGUACAUAUGGCCAAUACUGUAUAGUUCACAUCGGGAUAAUAGAGGCAUCCUUACAGUAGGUACAUGAGACAGCCAGUCACUUCUAUGGGAAAUGGUAUAAUACAGUACCAUGUUUUUGAAGCAGAUAACAUCAAGUUGUUAGGCUCAUUAUAUUCCCAUCUGAAAUAAGAUUUCCUAAAAAAUGGAAUAUGGGAGACUGGUUGGUAUUGUCUUGUAUUUUUCUCUCUUCUCACUGGAAAUUUAAUGGGAAAGUUUAAAAGUUAACUAUUUUUAUACCAAAGUUUAUGAAUUUAUUUGGAAAAUGUAAUAUACUUUAAAACAGGUACCUUAGUAGGGCAAAAAAUAUCUUAAGAUGUCAAACAAGGUAAAAGAUGCUUGGAAAGGUAUACACCUUGAAACCUCAGUUUGGACAGAAUCAAAGGUUUAAAGUCAUUACAGAAGAAUAAGCUUCUACCAUGUUCAAAUAAUGUACAAAAAAAGUACAGUUAUACUGAAUGUUUAUGCACUGAAUAUAAACUUGUGAUUUUAUAGACGCAAGAUAGCAUUCAUUCAAACAAAUACCAAGAUAAGCUAUAGCCUUAGUUGCCUGCAGCUGUUCAGGGUACUGUCAUACCCAAUCAUUAUGGUAGCUAUUGCUGUAUCUUGUUUACUAGACCUGCUACAAUAAAUUGGAAAUUAAAACUAAGCUCUGUCUUGUAAAGUAAUCAUGGCAACUAACUGGUAAUGCUUGGUUGCCCAAGGAAAAAAAUGGACUUGAAUCAACAUUUGGAUUUUGCAGUUCUUCCCAGAUGUUGAGAAAGACAAGCUGCUUAGCAAUAAAAGGACCACACAUUAAUUCAGUGAAUUGGAUGCAAUGGAAGAAAUACUGAACUUGACACUUUCUGCAGCCUACGGAAGACCUUGUUGACUUGAUGCAUUUUGUAAUCCAGACAUACCCAUCAUGAAUGUAUUGCUGUGAAAGCGACGAUCUUAGCAAAUUCCCCUUUAAUUUUAUAAGCUGAAAUGAAAUAUGGGAACAUGACUUGUAUGUAAAGAGAUUUUUAUCAUUGUUCUAUAUGAAGCUUAUAUUUUAUAUUUAUUUAUAUGUACAUAGUACACAACUAUGUGUAUUUGUCCAUAAGCCUUUCCCAAGAGAAAGCAAAAGCCUACUCUUAAACUUUUAACUAGCGCGGUCAGAUUCCUAGAUGCUCUUGAACAGUCCUUGUCAAAAAGACUUAACUGUCCACAGCAACAGGGUGUCUGUGGUAUUAUGGAAAUAAAAGAGCAGGCUAGUAAGGCUCAAGGAAGGCAGCUGUGAAAGAUGUUAAUUGAGGAGGGACUUUCAUAUGGAUGAAGGGAAAAUGUUUUGAAACAUGGUUUGCAUAUGAAGAUGCCUUAUACUGAAUUGGUGUGUAGUCCCUCUAAGGUUAGGGAUGUAUUCCACUUUCAGUAGCUCUUCAAGACCUUUUCCAGCUUUGAUACUUGGGUUGCUUUUAGCAGGAAAAGGCAGGAACUAAAAUGGAGACCUUCUAAUUGCAUCCUUCCAUUAAGCUGUGGCAUCAUACAUGCAGAUCGGAAACUAAGGCAGACAAAUAAUUGCUUCUAGAUGUGAAAUCUAGAUUUGGAAUCUAGUUUUCAGACCUUCUAGAUACAGAAGUAUAAUGACAGCUAGAGAAGCAGAGAGCUUUGAAAUAAGAGGUAUGGCACUAAAGUUGUCAAGAAAUGAAUUAGGGAGCCAUGAAAGACUGAGUUGAUCGCCACUGAUGGAGUUUAGCAGUCUAAAAAAACAGCUUGGAGGAAAUAUCAACAAAGAGUUCAUUACAAUAGCCUCAAUAAAUGGAGGCUGGGGAAUAUUGACAGGAAGAGAAAGGUAAGUAUUGAAGAUAAAAUGACAGGAUUCUGCAGCUACUUAGACAUUUAGAGGACAGUCAAGUGAUAACUUAUCAAGGACUCUGGAAGCUCUGGAGCAUUGUUCCUUGAACUGUACAGGGUUUUCUCGGCUUUAAUAAAAAGGACAUUUCUAUUAAAUGUGUUGUCUUACCAGUUUCCAAAUCCUUUCUUGCUCUCUGCAUAGAAAAUGUUUACAAUAUUGGUAUCAAUUCCUAAAAGAAUUCAGCACUUCUGUGUUCCACAACAGAAAACAAUUUCGAAAGCAGAUUUUACAAAGGGGGGGGGGAGUGUAUUUCUUGCACAUAGCAGAAGCACUAAACAGCUGAGCUAUUACAGAUAUGUAAGGUCCGUAACCAAAGUGUUGAUACAGCCUUGAUCUGCAAGGGAGGUAGUUUGGUGAACAUUCUCAAAGGACAAAUUUAACUGAUUUCUGAAUCGCCAUUUGGGGAGAUCUCUGAGUGCAGUGCUAUGUGAUGCAUCUAUAGUUAUAUAAAGUUCCACAAGUUAAUGUAUCACACCUAAAUGUAUUGCAACCCUAGAAGUGUGUGACAGGCUCUUGCUUCACAUAGGUGGUGGAAUCAGUCUCUGUUAUUUGUGGUUUUAUUUUACAACAUACACUGUAUUAUUUUACUGCCAUAUCAAAAUACUUUGGUUCACUUACAAAAUCACAUUGUCACAGCUGCUCUCAAGACACCUUCAUUAGUUACAGAUAUGAAGACUGUGGAAACAGAUUUGUGUUGGGACACAGGGACUGCUUUCUGUUCAGGAAAUGGUUCUUUGGAAGGAAUUUGUUUUCUCUUCCUUCUGAACAUGGGGGAUCUUUACCACUGGAUUGUGUUGCUUCCAGUGGGAUUAGAAAAGGCAAACAUUUUAGCUGGCUCUAGUUUUAUUUAACUGUCCCAACUCAGCAAAGAAUUAAACUAGUGGAGAAAGUUGCCAGUUGAGAAGGAAAGAAAAAUUGGUCCUAAACAAAGAGAGGAAGAAGGGACUAUUGUGUAAUAUAAGGUAUUCCAGUUCAUGACGGUCUAUUGACAGGAGUCUGGUUUGUACCAUGCACUUGGUAAUAUUCAUUUAUCCUAUCAAACAGUUUUUUUUUUGUGAUACUGUAAAUGAAAUCUAA